AUGCUCACCCGCCUCGCAAAGGCGCAACAGGGCCGCGCCCUUGGCGCUGCAUCGGUGCUCCGCUCAUCGACCUCGACCUCGAUCGCCGCAGCCCGCCGCACCUAUGCCACGCCCGCAGCAGACGCCCGCGUGCCCACCUUCCACCCCUCGCGCAUCCCGCCCUAUGCCAAGCUGCUCGAAAACCUCGAGCUGGUCCGCAGCCUCCUCGGACGCCCGCUCACCCUCUCGGAAAAGAUCCUCUACUCGCAUCUCAAGGACGCCCAGGCUGACCUCGCCGGCGUCGGCAAGGACCCCACAAACGUCCGCGGCAAAAAGUACCUCAAGCUCAACAUCGACCGCCUCGCCAUGCAGGACGCAUCGGCCCAGAUGGCCCUCCUCCAGUUCAUGACCUGCGGGCUCGACCGCGUCGCCAUUCCCAGCAGCGUACACUGCGACCACCUCAUCCAGGCCUACGAGGGCGCCGAGGCCGACCUCAAGCGCUCCAUCGCAUCCAACAAGGAGGUCUUUGACUUCCUCGAGUCGGCUUCCCGCAGGUACGGCAUCGAGUUCUGGGGACCCGGCUCCGGCAUCAUUCACCAGAUCGUCCUCGAAAACUACGCCGCGCCCGGCCUCCUCAUGCUCGGCACAGACUCGCACACGCCCAACGCCUCGGGCCUCGGCUGCCUCGCCAUCGGUGUUGGCGGCGCCGAUGCCGUCGAUGCCAUGACGGCCACGCCCUGGGAGCUGCUCGCGCCAAAGGCCCUCGGCGUCCACCUCACCGGCCAGCUCUCGCCCUGGUGCACGCCCAAGGACGUCAUCCUCCACCUCGCCGGCCGCCUCACCGUCCGCGGCGGCACCGGCAAGAUUGUCGAGUACAUGGGUCCCGGGUUGGCCAGCCUGCCCGCCACCGGCCUGGCCACCAUGGCCAACAUGGGCGCCGAAGUCGGUGCCACCACCAGCGCCUUUGCCUUUACGCCGGCCAUGUCGGCCUACCUCGAGGCCACCGGCCGCGCCGAGGUGGCUAGGGGCGCCGAGGCCGCCGCCGCCCGCGGCCUGCUGAGCGCCGACGAGGGCGCCGAGUACGACGAGCGCAUCGAGAUCAACCUCUCGGAGCUCGAGCCCUGCCUCAACGGCCCCUUCACGCCGGACCUCAGCACGCCGCUGUCGCAGUUUGUCGCCAAGGCCAAGUCCGAGUCGCGCGGCCACCCGAUCGAGCUGAGUGCGGCCCUGAUCGGGAGCUGCACCAACAGCUCCUAUGCCGACAUGGCGCGCUGCGCCAGCCUGGCCGAGCAGGCCAAGAAGCGCGGCCUCAAGGUCAAGGCGAGCUUUGACGUCACGCCCGGCUCCGAGCAGGUCCGGGCCACCGUCGAGCGCGAUGGCAUCGAGCAGACGCUGCGCGACGUCGGCGCCCGCGUCCUCGCCAACGCGUGCGGCCCCUGCAUCGGCCAGUGGAACCGCAAGGAGCUGCAGGGCGAGGACAACGUCAUCCUCACCUCGUUCAACCGCAACUUCCGCGGCCGCAACGACGGCAACACCAAGACGUGGAACAUGCUCGCCUCGCCCGAGAUCGUCACCGCCAUGGCCUUUGCCGGCCGCCUCGACUUUAACCCGAUGACCGACAGCCUGACGGCGCCGGACGGCAAGCCGUUCAAGUUUGAGCCGCCGUCGAGCGACGUGCUGCCUAGCAAGGGCUUCGCCCAGGGCGACGUGGGCUACCUGCCGCGGCCCGUGCCCGAGCCGCAGCCGGAAGCCGAGGUGCUGAUCGACCCGAGCAGUUCGCGCCUCGAGCCGCUGCAGCCGUUUGACAGCCCCUUUGCCGCCACGGCGGCCGAGGGCAAGUACGAGCUGCCAUCGAUGCGCUGCCUUCUGCGCAUCAAGGGCAAGUGCACCACCGACCACAUCUCGGCCGCCGGGCCGUGGCUCAAGUACAAGGGCCACCUGAGCAACCUGGCCGAGAACACCCUCAUCGGCGCCACCAACGGCGAGCUGGACGCCGUCAACGUCGCCCACGACUGCUUCACGGGCGAGACGGACACGAUCCCCGGCGUCGCCAAGAAGUGGAAGGCGAGGCAGCAGCCCUGGAUGAUGGUGGCCGACCACAACUACGGCGAGGGCUCUGCGCGCGAGCACGCGGCGCUGCAGCCGCGCUUCUACGGGUGCAACCUCAUCGUGGCCCGCAGCAUCGCGCGCAUCGCCGAGACCAACCUGCGCAAGCAGGGCGUGCUGACGCUGCUGUUUGAGAACGAGGACGACUACCUGCGCAUCGGCGGCGGCGACCUGGUCGAGACGGUCAACCUGACGGAGCUGAUCCGACCGGGCGGCUCGCUGGACACGCAGGUCAAGCUGCGGGUGACCAAGUUUGAGGACGACGGCAAGACGGUGCGCGAGACGUUUGAGCUGCCCACCAAGCACACACUCAGCGCGGCCCACCUGGACUGGAUCCGCGCCGGAUCGGCGCUCAACCUGAUCAAGGAAAAGGCGAGGGCGGCGCGCGGUGCCGCUGCGGCGCCUGCCGGUGCCUUUGCCUCGAGCUCGCGCUCCGGUGCCGCCUCGUCGUCGUCGCUGGGCGGAGCGCGUGGCUACGCUACGCAGGCGGGCAAGUCGGCCGGUGGCGGAUCGAGGAACCCCAACGACCCCAACUAUGUGCCGCCGGCGGCCGACAGCCGUACCGAGGCGAUCAAGAAGAUUGUGUUCCCCAACGCGCCGAGCACGGACAACGAGCGCGCUGCGAUGGGUGCGACGCGGGCGUCGGACGUGCUGCCGUACGGCGAAGCGUCGGAAGAGGUGCACUCGACGAUUACGCGUGCGUGGCUGCUGUUCCAGCGCGAGCAGCGCGAGGAGCUCAAUGCGCGGCUGAACCGCAAGCAGGAGCGGAUGCGUGCUGCGCUCGACGACCUGCGCCACGAGGACGAGCGGCUGUUUGCGUCGGCCACCUACCGGGUGGCGCCCAACCGCCGGCACCCGGACGAGCACGCCAAGCUGCUGAGCCUGGGCCUGAUCACCAAGCCGGGCCAGGCGCCGCGGCCGGAUGCGCCGACGGGGGCCGAGGCGAGGCGGAUGAGCAAGGCCGUGGCGGGCGGAUCGCGGCUGUCUGGCCUCUUCCCGCGCGAGAUGCGCGUCCCGACGGCGACGCCGAGCCGCAAGGGCUGGCCGGCGUUUGAGCCGUCGCCGUACUAG